CGGAAAAAGUAGGAGCUUUCUGGUCAUUUCGAAAGCAUGGCUACCAUUUACAAGCUAAGACUUGCAAUUAAAUUUGGAAGAAAUCUUGGAAUACCACUGAAUAGAACCUUUGAAAGGAGAAUUUUCGAAAGACAAUGUCAGCGUUUUUCAGCUAUAAUAAACAAUUCUGUACAAGGAUUUUCUUCUCAAGCAGCGACACAAACUACAGAAAUACAUAAUAUUAUAAAAGAUGUGGAAAAACCAACAGAUGAAGGUGUUAAACAUAAAUUUCAAUCAGAAACACAGAUGCUGUUACAAAUUGUGGCCAAAUCUUUGUAUUCGGAGCAAGAGGUAUUUCUUCGUGAAUUAAUUUCCAAUGCAAGUGAUGCACUUGAAAAGUUACGUUAUAUGCGUAUAAGUGACUCCAAAGUUGCAGAGGUGGCUGGUGAUCGUAACCUAGAAAUUCAUAUUGGAACUAAUAAACAAGAUAGGAUUCUUAUAAUUCAGGAUACAGGAAUUGGUAUGACACGUGAAGAACUAAUAUCAAAUAUUGGAACUAUAGCUCGAUCUGGUUCCAAAGCUUUUCUAGAAAAAAUUAAAGAAAAGCAAAAUGCUGGUGAUACAUCCCAAAUUAUUGGACAAUUUGGUGUUGGUUUCUACAGUGCUUUUAUGGUUGCUGAUAAAGUAGAAGUGUUUACAAAAUCGUAUGAGAAAGACGCUGAAGGUCUUUGUUGGCAAUCAGACGGUUCUGACACAUUCAAUAUUUCAAACGCCGAAGGAGUUCAACCAGGGACAAAGAUUGUUAUACAUUUGAAUUCCCAGUGUCGACAAUUUAGUGACGAAGACACAAUUAAUCGUCUCAUCACUAAGUACAGUAACUUUAUCGGUAGUCCUAUUUAUGUUAACGGCAAGAGGGUUAAUACUAUGCAGCCAUUGUGGUUGCUUGAUCCAAAAGAAAUUACACAAUUACAACAUAAUGAGUUCUAUAGAUUUAUUGGAAACUGUUUUGAUUCUCCUCGAUUCAUAUUACACUAUUCAACCGAUGUUCCAAUUAACAUAAGAGCAUUAUUAUAUUUCCCGGAACAAAAACCGUCAUUCUUUGAUUUCGGUAAAGAUGAAGUGACGGGUGUCUCACUGUAUAGUCGUAAAGUGUUAAUCAAAAGUAAAGAUAUAAAUAUUUUACCAAAAUGGUUGCGUUUCGUCAAAGGAGUGGUUGAUUCUGAAGAUAUUCCUCUUAAUUUAAGUCGGGAAUUAUUACAGAAUAGUACUUUAAUCAGAACAGAGCUGAUCUCUAUGGCGAUGAAGGAGUAUCUCGGUGGCUUGGAAUUGAUUCCUGUGGGUAGUAACUCUAGUACUCAGGCUGAGUCAAGGUUCAGGUUAGGGGAGGAUCAUGUAGACAUUGAAAUUUGUAGCUCCUUUUGGCAUCCUACUCUGUUGAUCGAUUAG